AGCUGCUGGUAGGGCUGCAACUGGAGACGAGAAACGGCGGAGUGACGCGGAGGCACAAGGUCCUUCCACCGUGAUUUCCGCCGCCAGCAGCCCGCCACUACCACCGCCAGCGCCAGCAACGGUAGGAGAAGAACGAGCAACAGCAGUGGCAGUUCCGGCAGGAGGAAGCCCAACAGCACAAACAGACUCGCAAACUUUGACAGAAGAAAGGACAAAAACGCCACCGUCACCAAACAAAAAGGAGCCUGAAGAGACGGAGCCUACUUCCGGAGAUGGUGUGGCAGAGCAACAGGGUCAAGGCACUGUUUUACCGGAUCUGAAGGGUGGACCUACCGGCAACCCGGCGGAAGUAACGGCAUCAUCCAUCUCUACAAGUGGCAGUGGUGAUGGCCAGAGUAAGGCGGAUGAGAAUGACAACAACAGCAAAGGGCUUAACCCCAGAGGGCCACACAACGACCCCGAAGCCAGUCAUACCAACGUUGCGCCCACAGCCAGUGAGACAAAACCACGGACAGCGAAAGCAGCAGCUACCGCCAGAACAGAUGGUACGGCAACGCCUGGCAGCAGUGACGGCAGCACCGCGGUGUCCCGCACCACCUCCACUCUUUUGCUUCUUGUUGUUGCGUGUGCGGCUGCGGCUGCGGUGGUGGCCGCGUGA